UACAGGUCGUGGUAGGCACGUGUUGCGCGCUACACCUUGUGCUCCUCCGCCAUAAACAUCCGCCCCGUGUGUUUACUCGCCCAGAGAACUGGAGAUUACCCGGACGAUUGAUAGACCUUGUGGUGUGUUGCUUUACAAAGUGGCGUCAGGAGGCGGUAAAAUGGUGGAGACGGGAGGCGUGCGGUCCUCAGGUUCUUCGCCCGUGUCGUCAGCGCUGCCUCCGUUGCCGCCGCCAGGGCUGCAGCUUGCAGGCACGGCGGUGUCCAUGUCGGACCCCCUGGCACCCUCCUCCCUGCCGUGCCUGGCCCCGCUGCCACACUACCCGUACCCGGCCUACCUCCACCACCUGACGCAGUACAUGGGGGCCGCCGACCCCCUCAAGCAGUACCUGGCCUCCAGCGACCCCCUCAAGCACUACCUCACCUCGGAGCACCUCAAGUACCUCCUGCCGGAGCACAUGCGGCUCUACCUCGGCCACGACCCCCUCAAGACCUACGCCUCCGUCGACCCCAUGAAAGUGCAGCUGCAGAUGUCGGAUCCUCUGAAGAGCUACGCGUCGGCGUCGGAGCAGCUGCGGUGCCUGGCGUCGGGGGAGGCGACAGACGGCGGGGUGCUGCAGCCGGCGUCGCGUGCACCGUCCUCGGUGUUCACCAUCGAGAGCCUCCUGGCCCCCAGGACCUCGGCCGGCGCCCCCCGCCUGCCCCCCACACACUUCCCCGCCCUCCCCCGCUCACACUACGACCUCUUAGGACACAGCCAGUACCCUGGACUCUACUCGGCGUCGCUCUUCGCGGGGUCCGGUGCAGGAGGCAAGAGGAAGCGACGCCAUCGGACCAUCUUCACGGAGGAGCAACUCGAGGAGCUAGAAAGGACCUUCGCUAAGACCCACUACCCGGACGUCCUCCUCAGGGAGCAGCUGGCUCUCAAGGUCGACCUCAAGGAAGAGAGAGUGGAGGUAUGGUUCAAGAACCGGCGGGCCAAGUGGCGCAAGCAGAAGCGGGAGGAACAGGAGCGGUUAAGGCGACUUCGUGACGACUCCAGCAGCAGCAGCCACGACCCUUCCCACCACGCCGCCGCGGACGACGCCCGCGACCCUGACCUCAGCAGCGACGACGAAGUCCGCGAGAACCUCACUUCGGCGGAGAGUAAAGCCUCGGGGUCGUCCCCGGGGAAGUCACAGUCGGGGGAGGGCUGCAGCGACUCCACGACCACUGGCGGCGGCAUCCUGCCAUUCUUCUCCCCGGCCAAGAUGGCGGCCGUGGAGGCAGACAGCAAACGCGCGGAAGUUGCCAUGGCGUCGCCACUCCUCGCCGCCCACGCCUGCCACCAGGACCCCGCGCCCGCCGCCCAGCACGCCCUCAGUGGCGCUCUGGAUGCUUCUACGGCCUACCUGAUGGCCGCCGAGGACCUCCACGCCGCCAAGCGGAGACGGGUCUCCACUGAUUGCUCCGAGAUUGAGUUAACGUAACUUGCUAAACCAACUCUCCAUUUGAUGGGCCAAAGUUUCCGUUCUCGGCCAAGACCCCCCUCCAGCUGCUUGGCCAAGGUUGUACCAACUCGGCCAAAUUGUGCACCUUUUGGUCGGCUGAGGUCUGUAUAAUGACAGGUAGAAAGGCCAAUCUACUCGUUACAUAAGACCUUCCUUCUCGGUCAAGGAAUUUCUGCUCGGUCAAAGCCCUUGACGGGUAGGUCAACGCUCGGUCAAGCGCUUGGCCUGACGGUGUAAAUAUGGCCACUUCUUCCUAGACUAGUCAUUGGGUAAUACCGCCCACCUAUAUGUUCAACAGCGCAUUGUUUAGUGUCGCUUGAGUGUGUGUGUGUGUGUAUGAUUGUGUAUGUGUGUGUGUGCGCGUGCGUGCGUGUGUAUACAGAUGGUACACACGAUAUGUGUGUGUGUGUACGCAGCCAGUGUCGUGUUAUGACGUAUUGCUGUCGUGUUCUCACAUGUAAAUACUCCCCCCCCCCCCACCCCCCACCCUUCAGUGUACAAUGUAUAACAUAACAAAAAAAACUGGAUGACUUUACAGAAUGAGAUAAUGGGAUUUUCCCAUGAAAUUCAGCAGGCCUAUGUUGUAAUAGGUGUAUCAACCCACAGUGUUUACCUGUGGUUAGUACCAAAUUACCAAUUGGUAAUACCAAUUAUCUUAGUCUUUACAUCGAGAAGGUCAACAAUGAGUGUUUGUGUUGUAUGGACUUGUCAGUCACGUCUAAAC